GGUAAAGGAUUUCUAUCUUUGUCACCAGUGCAGCCAUGGCAAAGAACGACCUCACGGCGCGAAUUGCUCCCAACUUGGAUCGCCAUCUGGUAUUCCCUCUACUCGAGUUCCUCCAGGAACUCCAGAUUUACCCUGAUGAAGACAUCCUCAAGGCUAAGAUUGCGCUCCUCAAUAACACCAACAUGGUCGACUACGCCAUGGACAUUCACAAGUCUCUCUAUCACACGGAGGAGGUUCCUCAAGGUAUGAUAGAAAGGAGAGUUGAGGUGGUUGGAAGGCUGAAAGCCUUGGAAGAAGCUGCUGCCCCUCUCAUUACAUUUUUGCAGAAUCCAAAUUCAGUUCAGGAGCUAAGAUCCGAUCAGAAUCAUAAUAUUCAGUUGCUCAAUGAUAAAUACCAGAUUGGCCCUAAUCAGAUUGAAGCCUUGUAUCAAUAUGCUAAGUUCCAGUUUGAGUGCGGCAACUACUCUGGUGCUGCUGAUUAUCUGUUCCAGUAUAGGGCCCUAUGCACUGAUAGUGACAGGAGCUUGAGUGCAUUAUGGGGAAAACUUGCUGCUGAGAUAUUGAUGCAGAACUGGGAUGUUGCUCUCGAAGAACUUAAUCGCUUGAAAGAAAAUAUCGACUCAAAGAGUUUUGUUUCUCCUAUGAAUCAAGUGCAAAGUAGAAUAUGGUUAAUGCACUGGAGCUUGUUCAUCUUUUUCAGUCAUGAUAAUGGAAGAACACAAAUCAUUGAUCUAUUCAAUCAGGACAAGUACCUUAAUGCUAUUCAAACAAAUGCACCUCAUCUGUUACGUUAUCUGGCCACAGCGUUUAUUGUCAACAAAAGGAGGAGACCUCAAUUUAAAGAUUUCAUAAAGGUUAUCCAGACAGAGCAGUAUUCUUACAGAGAUCCCAUCAUAGAGUUCUUGGAAGCUGUAUAUGUCAAUUAUGAUUUUGAUGAAGCUCAGAAGAAAAUGAAGGAAUGCGAAGAAGUCAUUCUGAAUGACCCAUUCCUCGGAAAACGAGUGGAGGAAGCUAACUUUUCAACUGUACCAUUGAGAGACGAGUUCCUUGAAAAUGCCCGCCUCUUUAUUUUUGAAACCUAUUGCAAGAUACACCAACGAAUUGAUAUCAGGGUACUUGCUGAGAAGUUGAAUUUGAAUUAUGAAGAUGCUGAGAGGUGGAUAGUUAAUCUCAUUAGAACUUCUAAGCUCGAUGCUAAGAUUGAUUCCAUGUCAGGAACCGUUGUCAUGGAACCUGUGCAUCCUAAUGUGUAUGAGCAGUUUAUCGAUCAGAGUAAGGCUCUUUCUGCAAGAACAUUCAAACUCGCUAGUCAGUUAAUUGAACGCACACAGCCACAGGCUGCCUGAUAUUUUUAGCAUCUGAGGAACACAUACACACAUUGUUGUUUCAUCAGCAUUUAGCUGUUUUUGUUUUCGAGGAUCAGUUUUUUGAUUCGAGAGUAAAACUAGAAGCAAUUUUACAAACAAGUUAAUUGUAUUAGAUUUUGUUUAUUGUAUUUGGCUAACAUUACAAUAAUUUUUGAGUAUUCAUUUAAAGAUCAACUUAUUAAUUUUGAA